GGUCAUAGUUACGGCGCCAUUCAGUUGUGAACAGACGUGCAAAAUUUUCUCUGCGAUAAAACUGAAAAAUGACAAUGAAACGACGACUUUCAGUGGAAGAUUCUUGUACAGAACUGGAUGCUAUGGUAAAGAGAAGGAAAAUCACACGGGGAAAGCAGGCCGAGAGGAAACAUCAUCCUCAUCCGUCCAUCGCCUCGUCCCAAGUCAGUCCUCAAAAUGAACAGUUUGUGUCUACAAAUAACACAUUUCACUGCAACAGUGAGGCUGCGGACAAAACAGUUACUGCAGACAUUGCAAAUCUCCAGAGAAUAUGUGACACAGAAACUGUUAUAAGUGAUGUUCCUGUUUCGGAACCCUCUGCUGCUGACACUUUUUGCGCAGACACUCUCUCACACAUUGACUUUCUGGGAGAAUUCAAUGACUUGAGCAGUGUGUAUGCUCUAUCAGAACUGUCUCCAAACGACCCGCCUUACGAUGUUGUAAUGGAUGGCUCUUCCUUGUACCUCGUGGGCCUGCAAAACCCGGUGUACAUAUCCAUGGCUCCAGAAUCUUCCAAUUCAGACGGACAAAUGUACUGCACAGUGCAACAGGAUACUGACCAUUUUCUUCAUCACGGAGACAACUCCAACUGUUUGUAUUAUGCGACCAUGGAUGUUGCUCACGGAAAGGCUCAUGAUCAGCAGCUGGAAUUCCCCUCUCACACGUUGGACUGGUCAGAGGGAGUGGCAUUCAGCCAUGAGUGCAAGUGGGAGCUAGAAUACCAUGAGCCAAACUACAGCAAGUUCAGUUUCUAGAGAGGAGGUUCCUCGAGUGUUCAAAGACUGUGAUAGACAAUUUUGACUCAGACGAGUCAGUGAUAUGAUCUCUUAGACCUAUUUAUGGGUCACUGUUUUUAAUUUUUGAUUCAUAUCAUGCAUGUUUUACCAAUUUUGUCGUGUUUAAAGCAUGAGGACGACAGCCUAAUCAUGUCAUUUUUAUUAAUCUUGCAUGUCUGACAAGCUCUUAUUGUGGACAUAAUACUUUGUAUUGAAUUACCAGUUGAGGGCAAGUUACCUAAAUAGACGCUGCAAAAUAAAACAGUAUGCCAGUGACGCCAGAGGAAAAUACUAGUAUACAACAGUUUUUGUAUGAGAUCGAGAGGUGCAUCAUGAUAUAAAAUAUUGCAUGGACAAAAUACUCUCUCUGCGCCUGUGAGUCAUGAUAAUUACGGUUAUUACCCAGACACGAGUACUUUAUUCAGCUGUCGGUCUAUAUGCGCUCCAUUCUCUAAAUAAGCCUUUUUAAAACUAAGUUCAGACAUAUAAAGUCACGUUCUUUUAUCUUAACAUCUUCGCCUCAUUGAGAUAGAUUUUUUUCUUCAUUGGCAAAUCAAAGACAUGAUGUUUGAUAUUUAGGCCAGUUUACCUCUUGCAUAUAUGUAUGCUUUAAUUACUUGUAAACAUUUGAUUUAUAUAAUAAAAUAACCUUUUGUCGUUUUCUUUAA